AUGAAUCUCCUCAAUAGGCACUUCGGUGUUGCCAUUUUCGCGUUCCUUCUGAGUCUACUCUUUACAAACGGUUCAUGGGCAAGAAUCCAUCCAUCGAAUAAAGAGAAGCAAUUAUCUCAUGUGUCCGGGCUUGACUCAACUCAGCCCCAUGCCUUAGCCAAGCGUGCAAUUACCGAGGCGGCAUAUGAUGAAUACCAAAACAGAGGCAUACAGUUGAGCUGUGUCUGUUCAGUCUCAGACACGACCGCGUACGAUCUGUUUUUUAAACCUAUAGACUCGGACGCUACUGGCAGUUUGGCAGCAGAAUAUACGACCGUCAUUGAACUGAUCGUUGCCGGAUGGGAAAUCAACACAACCCCUAUAGACACUCUCGCGGGCAACCUUCCCAAUUAUCUGGGUAGCGAGGUGUUGACGAUGACUGGUCUGAAUCUUGCCAAUAAUGUGGUCAUAGACUGGCAGUGGGUGGUGGAGGGAGAAAAUGGAAUUGAUACUACGUCCAAUUAUCAAUGCUGGUUCAAUGUUGCGGCUGGCGCGAUCUUCGUUGACCUAGCUUGGGGUCCUGCUUUCAAAAAAGCUGAAGCGGGUGAUAAUUGGCCUGACGACGUCGCUCUUCCCGCUAUUUCACAGCUGUCGGAUGUGAUGUGGAUCGAAUGGGCGGACCAAGCGGGUGAUUCAGCCGCGAAUCUCAAGUAUGUCUUUCAAAUGGAUAUUGUGAACUUUGACACGAGAGGUGUCAUCAACACAGCCAUGGGAUCAACUACCUGGACUGAGUUUCGAGAAUUUACUCAGGAUGACACAAGGUUUUAUGCGCUGCUUGAGGCUCCCAAUGGAGUUGCCCAGUCGUGGAUCCUCGCCAACCACCAAGCGACGUUAGGCAUCAAGACCGUUUCCAAAAUCAGGGUCCGGUUAAGCUCGACAUUCCAGGAAAACCAGUCAGUUCCAAACGAUGAAGUAGGAGUUCUCGUCGUCACAACAAAUGCCCAAGGCGAAGAGGAAGUAGCAAAUGGAGGGAACAAUUCGUUGUGCUGGGUUGAGGGUGAAUUUAUCGUGACGGAUGACGAUUCGGAUGACGCCGUGGAUGCUAUGGACACAUCCGAUUAG